AUGUCGGCGUCUUUGGACUCAAGCUUAGAUCCCAUGGAGGAAAUUCGUUUCCGCAAGAAACACGGAUUUACUUGGCAGGAAUUGCAGAAAGAAACUCAUUUCACCUUCACUGAAUUAGAACAAAUUAUGGUAAUAUUCUUCAAAAUUCAGAAACGAGACGAGAAACCGGGAGGUGAUACGAUAUCAAGAGCUCAUUUCAGAGACGUUCUUCAUACUGGUUUGGGUAUGACAGAUGCCUAUAUGAUGGAGCGUGUGAUGGUGGCUCUCGAUCGAGGGACGACCCCUUAUGUUACCAUGCAAACAUUCGCUAAGGCUUUUUCCCUGUACCUACGUGGAGAUCUCGAGGAACGCAUCGCGUACGCGUUUACGUGUUAUGAUUUGCUCGGCGAAAAUUAUCUGAGAAGAGAAACGAUGUAUCAGUUGAUGAAAAAAAGCUUGGUGAAGGCAUCACGCGAUGAUGAUGUUGAGGAAGCUGUCAAGUUGCCAGUUUCCGCAACCGGCAACCGCAACUCGUGA